AUGUUAAUAGUUUGUAGUGAAAAUAUUUCAGAUAGGUGGAAACAGAUAGUCGGGGAACCAAUCACGGAUAGACUUGUGAAGAAACCUGAUCUUCUGUCAUUUCAUAUUGCCAGUAAAAUUCCUCUUUCUGUAUCUACGAGGCAGGAGCUUCUGGAGAUUGAUGGCAUUUCCUAUAGACUGCGUCGGGAAAUCGAGUUACUUGAGAGUUUUGAUCGUAUCCGAUGUAAAAAUUGUGAGAAACUGAUUGCCAGGCGAAGUGAUAUGCUGUUGAUGUCUAGUGAAGGUCCUCUGGGUGCUUAUGUAAAUCCAAACGGUUGUGUGCAUGAGAUAAUGACUCUUUACAAAGCAAAUGGCUUAGCACUUAUUGGGGGUCCAGUGAAAGAAUACAGCUGGUUUCCUGGAUUUGCUUGGACAAUUGCAGAAUGUGGUACAUGUGAAAGUCAAAUGGGUUGGCUUUUUACAGCCACAAACAGGAAGCUGAAGCCCAGAUCAUUUUGGGGCAUUCGGAGUUCACAAGUGGCCGAUGGUACACGCUGA